GUUGAAAAUGUCAAAAUUAAUUGAAUCCAAACAACCGAAAAAGCAAUCGAUUCCCAAAACAAUUCGCUUUUUAUUUGGUGGAUGUGCCGGAAUGAUGGCUACAUGUGUUGUACAACCUUUUGAUUUAAUCAAAAAUCGUAUGCAAUUAAGUGGUGAGGGACGCAAAGGAAAAGAGUUUAAGACUAGUUUUCAUGCCAUCUCUUCUGUGGUCAAGAAUGAAGGCUUUGGUGGUCUUUAUGUUGGAUUAUCGGCAGGACUACUAAGACAGGCCACGUAUGCAACCGUACGGUUAGGCAUAUAUUCAACACUUUUUGAUAAACUAAGUGCCGAAUCACGAGAACCGCCCGGUUUUUUGGUAAAAGUAGUUUUAGGAAUGACUGCCGGAGGUAUCGGCGCUUUUAUUGGUACACCCGCUGAGGUUACACUUAUUAGGAUGACAUCGGAUGGUCGGCUACCAGUGGCUGAAAGGCGUGGCUAUAAAAACGUUUUCAAUGCACUCAUUCGUAUUACUCGAGAGGAAGGACUAUUGACUUUAUGGCGCGGAUGUAUACCAACAAUAGGUCGGGCAAUGGUUGUAAAUGCGGCACAAUUGUCAUCAUAUUCACAGUCAAAACAAGUGCUAUUAUCGACCAAAUAUUUUAAUGAUAACCUUUGGUGUCAUUUCGGAGCCUCAAUGAUAUCGGGUUUCUUUACGUCCGCUGUUUCAAUGCCUGUGGACAUUGCAAAAACAAGACUACAAAGUAUGAAGAUAAUCAAUGGACGACCAGAAUAUUCGGGCGCUUUUGAUGUUAUAUUCAAAGUGGUCCGAAAUGAGGGUAUACCCGCACUUUGGAAAGGUUUCACUCCAUACUUUGGACGGGUAGGUCCUCAUACAGUGAUUGCGUUCAUACUGUUAGAACAGGCUAACCAGGCUUAUAAAAUACAUAUACUAAAAGAUACAUCAGGUGGUGGAGGACUUUAA